AACGAGGCGGCUUCCGGUGGUCUUCCGGUAUUGACAAGAAGCCGCUAGUUUCGCAGCGGUUGACUCGUGAAGUCGCGGAAUCGAUGUCUGAACUAGAGGAGCGAUAACCACUAGUUUGGGCCCGACCUAGUAACGGUGUUGAAGCUAGAUUCUCGUUUGCACCGAGUCGGAUCCACCGCGCUUACCCGCGUGCUUUUGGCGCAUCGGGUUGUGCGCCGUUUCUAUGUGGUAGUCUGUUUGCGCGCUGCCUCCGGUGGAACAUCUCCCAGAUGGAGGAUUCAAAGCCGUCGUACAGCAAGAGGCUGCGAGCUGGUACCCGAAGACGUUACCAUGACGAUGGCAUCUCUGAUGAGGAGAUCGAUGGAAGGAGGAUGUUUAACCUGGAGGAAAAAGUGAUCAGCGAGCGGUUUAGCUCGAACCGAAUCCUCCGUAUGGAGGGGAAAGACUUCUCCUACGAGUUUAUCCAGAGAAAUGGUCUGAGGGAUCCCAUCCUCUUUGAAAGUCUCAAUGGGCUGGGUAUCAAGAUGCCAGAUCCAGAGUUCACUGUGAAUGAUGUGAAGAUGUUUGUUGGCAGCAGGCGCAUGAUAGACGUGAUGGAUGUCAGCACUCAGAAGGGGACGGAGAUGUCCAUGGCCCAGUGGACACGUUACUAUGAGACACCACCCCCUCAGAGAGAGAAGCUCUAUAAUGUCAUCAGUCUUGAGUUCAGCCACACCAAGCUGGAGAGCUUAGUGAAGAGACCGGCCACGGUGGAUCUCAUCGACUGGGUGGACAACAUGUGGCCUCGUCAUCUGAAGGAGAAGCAGAAAGACUCCACCAACUCCAUCACUGACAUGCAAUACCCCAAAGUGCAGAAGUACUGCCUUAUGAGUGUUCAGGGCUGCUAUACAGACUUCCACAUCGACUUUGGAGGCACCUCAGUGUGGUACCACAUUCUCAGAGGGAGCAAGGUCUUCUGGCUGAUCCCACCAACCCAUCCAAACCUGGAGCUGUAUGAGAACUGGGUGCUGUCAGGUAAACAGGGAGACAUCUUCCUUGGAGAUCGAGCCUCUGACUGUCAAAGGAUAGAACUGAAGCAGGGCUGCACCUUCAUCAUCCCGUCAGGUUGGAUUCAUGCGGUCUACACCCCUGUGGACUCCAUGGUGUUUGGAGGAAACUUCCUGCACAGCUUUAACAUCCCUAUGCAACUUAACAUCUGCAGUAUCGAGGACAGGACCAGGGUUCCAGGGAAGUUCCGUUUCCCUUUCUUCUAUGAGAUGUGCUGGUAUGUGUUGGAGCGGUACGUCUUCAGUCUAACCAGCACCUCUUACCUCAUACCUGAGUACCAGAAACACUCCCUGGGCAUAGGUCUGAAGAAUACUUCUGGUACAGAUCUGGCUGACGAGGAGCAAGAGGAAGGCAACGACGAAGAAUCUGAAGGUCAGCAGUCCGAAAAGCCUCCAUAUAGAGUUAAUGUGACUCCUCUGGAGCUGGAGGGACUCUGGAACAUCUUGGGUAAACUGGAGGCACUUCCCUACAGCAAACAGUGUGUGCCAUCAGGGAUCCAGAAUGCUUCAGCUCUCCUCAACCAUGUCAAGGCGUUACUGAGGGAGCAUGCCAACGACAACCCUAAGCUGUCCUAUACAGGAAGGCCUAUCAUCAGGUGGCCACGGAGACCCUCGUGGUAUCAGCCUCCACCUCCUCCUCCUCCUCCACCUCCUCGUCCUAAAACACCAUCUACACUCAUCAUUCCCAGACCCCAGAAACCAGCCUCCUCUAUGUCUGUGCUGAGGAGGCGCAGGGUCAGGUGUAAACGCUGCGAGGCCUGUGUGAGACCAGAAUGUGGGGACUGUAACUUCUGCAGAGACAUGAAGAAGUUUGGAGGACCAGGCAAACUGAAACAGACCUGUGUGCUGCGGCAGUGCCUCUCUCCGGGCCUCCCUCUGUCUGCUGUGUGUGAGAUCUGUAAGGAGCCCAACCAGGAGGAGACCGGAGACCCGGCCCUUACUCUCAUGGAGUGUUCCAACUGUGCACAGAUCGUCCAUCCUGCCUGCCUCGUGGUUCAAGGCGAUGGGGUAGUGAACAAGGACCUGCCCAGCUGUUGGGAAUGUCCCAGCUGUGUUCAGGGGCUGACUCAGCAAGAGAUUAAAGGGGACAAAGGUGACGGCCUUCCAGCGAAGAGGAAGUCGUCAUCUCUGCUGGACGCUCGGAUGGCUAAGAUUUACCGCCGACAUGUUCACAACCAGGACGGGGACGACUCGGCCAGCGAUGACGAUGCGGCUCAGAGGAGAAGGGCGGGGCUGUCGGCCCGAGGAGGAAGUUACUCCUCCAGGAGAGCCUUUGGGACAAACAGGCGAGGUCUGCUGCGAGGAGGCCUGUCCCACAGAGGGAGCAGAGGAGGACUCGUGAGCUCUGGGUCCAAACUGAAGAGAGGGGGGCGGGUGAGGGAGGCCGGUCGGAGGGGGCGGGGGGUGAGGCUCCGGGGGGGGUCCAGGAUGCACCGAAGGGGAGAUGACUCCGAGGAGUCGGAUGAUGACGAUUAUGAUGACGAUGAGGAUGACGACGAUGAGGAUGAUGACGACGACGAUGAUGAGGAUGAUGAGGAUGAGGAAGACUUUGAUGAAGAGCAGGGUGACAGUGAAAGAGAGGGAGAGCGCCUGCAUCGCCGUCACUGGAGACGCAGGACAGAUCAUGGGGAUGACAGCGAGGAGCAGGAGUAUGACCCUGAGGAAGAGGAGCGAGACGCCAUGGAAGAUGAAGAAAUGAAAAACGAGGAGGAGACAGAGGAGGAAGGGCGCUGGGACUCUGACCCAGACCCUCCGGUCCUACUGGUGUCAGACCUAAACGAUGAGCUGCUGAGUGGAUCCUACCUGACCGUUACCCUGCAGCACCCCCACAAAGCUACAAGUCAGACGGGCUCCAUCGUUCCUAAGCUGGAAGCUGCCGUCGGCCCCAGGACGGCUGCGCUAGGUGGUUCUCAGCACAGCUUCAUCCAGAGGAAAGCGGCUCACUCCAAAGCAUCCAGACUCAGAGACGGCGCUGACGGUCUGAACCCGAGAGGUCCUGGCAGGCCUCGUGUCCAGGUGGACAGAGGAAAAGGAAGUUACUCUGUAUCUUCUUCUGAGGAAGAUGAGGCUGCUCCCCCACCUGCUUUCUCCUCCACGACACCCCCAUCCUUGCUCUCUCUGCCAUCCUUUAAAGAUGUGGGUGGUGAGAGGGGGGGAGAGAAGGAGAUGUGGGUAUCAGUGUUCAGAUACCUGAAGAGGGCGGAGCUGCUGGCCUGUAUGAGUGUUUGUAAGGCCUGGUAUAAGUGGACUUGUGACAAACGUCUGUGGAGUCACAUAGAUGUGAGUCGCUGCAGCCCGCUCAGUAACCAGGCCCUGGCAGGCAUUGUCAAGCGCCAGCCUGUCUCUCUCGACCUUUCGUGGACUCCACUGGCCAGGAGACAGCUCAACUGUCUGCUUACCAGACUUUCAGGUCUGAGGGAGCUGAGGGUGACUGGUCUUCCUUGGUCCUGUCUGUCCGCUCUGGUGUCUCCCACCCUGCCCCAGCUACGACUCCUGGAUUUGCGGUGGUGUGAAGGCUUCUCAGAUGCCCAGAUUAAAGCGCUCAUCCUCCCACCUGGUUUGGAGUCGAGCCGUAGCAGGCUGAGGAACAUGGUGACUCUGCAUCUGUCUGGUCUGGACUUGAGCGAUUCGACCCUCAGGAUUCUGCAGCGCCACAUGCCUCAGCUGGAGAACCUGGACCUGGCUCACUGCAAGAACAUUACAGACUCCUCAGUGGCCCUGCUAGCAGCUGCUGGGACCCACACCCGCAACAACAUCACCGAGCUCACUCUGGCAGGUUGUAAUGGGCUGACAGACGGUUGCCUGUCCUAUCUGAAGCGGCUGCCUUCUCUGAUCCUGCUGGACCUUCGGGGCUGUAAAGGGGUCAGUCGUCGAGCCUGUGACGCCUUCAUCUCUGACCUGUCCCAUGUCGCCCUCUACUGUAUGAUGGAAGAAAAGUUAAUUCAGCGCCUGGACUAAUAAAACACACACACACACACACACAGACACACACACACACACAGACACACACACACAGUUUUUUAUGUUGAAAUCAUCACUAAUAAACCAUAAGCAGUAAACCUCACUUGUGGAUUAACAAAAAGGUUUUAUUUCCUUCUGCUUCACUCAAUAAAAGAUGUUUAACAUCC